AAAGUAACAAGAUAACACCGGUUUUCUCUUAGCCUAAUACAAUUUUUUCAGUAUUAUCAGUUGUUUGUCACAUGAGAAAGUGAACAGAUCGAAUUAUUUUCCACUGUAUAUCAAAAGUAAAUUAAAAUGGGAAAAUUCUACUUCAAAGGUUUUAUGUGUCCAACAUUUACGGCAUUUGAUGAAAAUAAACAGGUGGUAUAUGACGUAAUCGAUGAGUACUGCUCUUAUUUAAAAGCAAAAGGUGUGAAUGGCGUAUUAGUAAAUGGAACAACUGGCGAGGGAACGUGUUUGCGUUUGGAUGAACGUAAGCGAUUGGCUGAAGAGUGGUUGAAAGCAUGUCGAAAAUAUGGAAUGACGAUGAUGGUGCAAAUCGGUGGCUGUGACAUUCUUGGCGUUUACGAAUUGGCACAACAUGCAGAGAAAAUCGGCGUUGAUUGUGUUUUAUGUUUGCCCGACCUAUUUUUCAAACCGAAAAUCGAGGAAGACCUUGUGAGCUACAUCAAUGGCAUUGUAAAAUAUUGCCCAACUCGACCAUUUUACUACUAUCACAUUCCACGCAUGUCUGGAGUAGAUUUGAAUAUGCCUCGAUUUUAUGAUUUGAUCGAGAAAGAAGUGCCUACAUUCUGCGGAAUAAAGUACACGUGUGGUGACAUGGAAAUCGGCGUUCAAUUGAUUAAAGAAGGUCGUAAUAUUUUACUCGGUGCUGAUACAAUUUUAUGGGGAGCGUUUUCACUUGGAUUUGAUGCAGCGAUUUUGACAACGCUUAGCAUUUGUCCAGAAGCAAGUUGCGGAAUUUAUAAACAUUUUGUUAAUAAUAACCAAGAGGAAGGGCUUAAAGCACAGCGGAAACUAAAUCAACGCAUUGCAAGCAUUCUCGCAAAAGGCACCGGCGAAUGGGUGGAAAACAUGAAAAAUGAAUUCAACAAUAUUAACGUCGGCUUCAGUGUUGGACCAGUUCGUAAACCAACGAUUAUCUGUAGACGUUUGUGAAUUUAAUGUUUUGAAAACUACACCAAUAUUGUUCAAAUGUUAGAUGGACAGCAGUUUGAAAAUAAAAAUAAAUGAAGACAUAAUGUUUGAGA